AUGGACGCGGGCGGGCCACCGCCGCCGCUGUUCCUCCUGGCCGCGGCGACGACCCUGCUGGCCGCCGCGGCGCUGGGGUGGCUGCUUCUCCUGGCCGGCGGGCAGGCGGCGGGGCGGCGGCGGCGGUCCGCGUCGGCGGCGCCGCGGCUGCCGCCGGGCAGCACGGGGCUGCCGCUCAUCGGGGAGACGCUGCGCCUCAUCGCGGCGUACAAGACGCCGAACCCGGAGCCGUUCAUCGACGAGCGCGUGGCGCGGCACGGCAGCGGGGUGUUCACCACGCACGUCUUCGGCGAGCGCACCGUCUUCUCCGCCGACCCGGCCUUCAACCGCCUCCUGCUGGCCGCCGAGGGCCGCGCCGUCAGCUGCAGCUACCCGUCCUCCAUCGCCACGCUGCUCGGCCCGCGCUCGCUGCUCCUCACCGCCGGGCCCGCGCACAAGCGCCUCCACUCGCUCACGCUCACCCGCCUGGGCCGCCCGGCCUCGCCGCCGCUGCUGGCGCACAUCGACCGCCUCGUCCUCGCCACCAUGCGGGACUGGGGCCGCCCCGGCGCCCCCGCCGUCCGCCUCCUCGACGAGGCCAAGAAGAUCACCUUCAACCUCACCGUCUGGCAGCUCGUCAGCAUCGAGCCCGGGCCAUGGACCGAGAGCGUCCGCCGCGAGUACGUCAAGCUCGUCGACGGCUUCUUCUCCAUCCCUUCCCUUCGCCUACCUCCUCCCUUUCACCGCCUACGGCCAGGCCCUCAAGGCGAGGAAGAAGGUGGCCGGAGCUCUUCGGGGAGGUGA